GAAAAAGGAACCGGGAAAGGGCUUUCGGCAACAUGACGUCACUUCCUGGAUGUAGGGGGGAGACCAAAUGACAGCUGGUUUGUUUUCAUCAACAAGGGGGAUCCAGUGUGGACAGUAACGUGACAUGUGAUGAUCCUCCUCCCUUAACUGGCCUGACAAGAGCGCCAAAAAGGGAAGCAGCUUUUUCUUUCUGCAGACUUCUCCUCACUCCUUCCAUCCAUUCUGGAGUCGCCCGUACAGAAACCGCACCAAACAGCUGAUUGCAGCCACAUCAAAGCAGACGUCGGUUCAGCUGAAGAGGAGGCCGCUCAGCAGGAAAGCGUCAUGGAGCCUCGAGAAGACAGGGAAGGUCGUUCCUUUGUGGAGGUUAUCAAUGAGAAGUACAGCCCAGAAAACUUCCCGUACCGCAGAGGGCCUGGGAUGGGAGUGGUGGUGGUUCCCACUGCAGGUCUCCAGGGUUCCCCCAUGAAGGACCGUCUGAACUUGCCCAGUGUGCUGGUGCUGAACUGUUGUGGGAUCAGCAAAGCAGGAGACCAGGCUGAGAUCGCUGCCUUCUGUGCUCAUGUCAUGGAGCUGGAUCUAUCGCACAACAAUCUUCAAGACUGGCAAGAGAUCAGUAAAAUUGCAUCAAGCAUCCCCAAUCUGGAGUUCCUCAACCUGAGCUCCAACCCGCUGGCAGGAACCAUUCUUGAGCCGCAGUGUGCUGAAGCCUUUUCACGAGUGCGACGCCUGGUUCUCAACAAUACUCAGAUAUCCUGGGAUACAGUGAUGCUACUGACCCAGAACAUUCCUAAACUUGAGGAAUUGUUCCUGUGCCUUAACGAGUACAGUAGUGUGAGUGCCUCCAGCGUGGCCUGCCCCACCCUGCGCCUCCUUCAUAUCACCGACAACAGCCUCCACAAUUGGGCCGAAGUGGGCAAGUUUGGCUCCAUGUUCCCCAGCCUGGACACUCUGAUCAUGGCUAACAACAACUUGGCCUCCAUUCAGGACAACAAGGAUAUUCUGGCACGACUCUUCCCCAACCUGCGCAGGAUCAACCUAAACAACUCAGGUCUCAACCGAUGGGAAGACAUUGAGAAGCUGAACUUCUUUCCAAAGUUAGAUGAGGUGCGACUUCAAGGCAUUCCCUUACUGCAGGCUUACACCAAGGCAGAGCGCCGCAACCUCAUGAUAGCACAGCUUCCCUCAGUAUCCAAUCUAAAUGGCAGUGUUGUGACUGACAGCGAGCGAGAGGAUGCAGAGAGGUUCUUCAUCCGUCACUACCUAGACUGCCCUGAGAAGGAGCUACCGUUCAUAUACCAUUCCCUGGUAACCAAAUACGGCAAGCUGGAGCCCCUCGCUGAGAUCGACCUCAGACCUCGCUGCCGGGCUCAGGUUGAAGUUCAUUGCGAGGAGAAAGUAGAACAGCUGUGCAUCCGUUUGGACCAAACCGUUGCUGAGCUGAAAAAGCAGCUGACAACUGUGGUCCAGCUCUCCACCAACAGUAUGAGGCUUUACUACAUCGACAAGGACAGCGCCUUUGGUCCAGAAGAAUUGAAGUACAAUAACCGAGCUCUCCACUCCUACAGCAUCCAGGAUGGUGAUGAAAUACUGGUAGUGCCCAAGACCAAGUAGAAGCCUUUUGAUUAGAAGCUUGAUAAGAAGGAUUUAGAUGUCUAGGACUAUGUUGAUUGCUUAAUUGUUAUUGCUUGGAAACACUUUUGAAACAGCAAAGGUGGCAUGUCUUUUUGAAUGGAGAGAGGCAGUAAAAGGAUGAACGCCAUCUUGGAGACUGGAAAAAGAAACUACGGUGGGCCGCCGGUUGGCUCUUGCUGAAAGUCCAGAGAUGAUAUAUUUCAGCUUUAUUUAAAGAGAAACUCAA